AUGGCCGAGCCCAAGCUGCCCAACAGAACCAGCAUAGGUGCACACUUGAGCAUGUUGUUACACUUUGUUUUCCAGAAGCCUGAAGAUUCCGUAGGUAUAUCCAUGUUUCACGGCGCUUUGUCCUCGGAAAAGACGCGAUUGAGAGACCAGGUCAUGGGCCUUUGCCAACCGCCAAUUCCGAAACUCGCUACAAGCUUAGCCCAUCUUCCCCGUAAUCAGGCCAUCCCCGCGACAAUCACAAACGGGUAG